AUGCUUCGACGCGCAUCUGGUCGUGGUCGCGGUUUUUCCGAUGCCGCUGUCGCUGCCGCCGCAGAAGUCGCUGCCCCCAUCGUCGCUCCCCCAGCUCCUGUCGACGCGGCCGCCUCUCUCUUGGCUGCUCUUCAAUGGGCCAAUCCAUCGCUCGACCCUGCGACUCUUGCCGCUGCUCUCGCCGCUCUUGCUGCUGCGCCUGCCGCAGUUGCGGCCGUUCCCUUGCCGGCAGUCGCGGCUUCGUCCGCUGUCAUUCCUCCGCCGCCCAGACGCACAGCUAGUGGCGAAGCCACGAUAGGUGUCGCCGCCCCUCCCCCAGCUCGGGAGACUCCUGUGCCUCCUCCUGUCCGUUCGAUCAACGUCGGUCCCGCUCGUGCUCUUCCCGCGACGAACCCUGCGACUGGCGCUUCGUCUGAUGCGCAGGCGCGCGCGAAAGCGCGUGCCGCUAUUCUGGCGCGCCUCGACGCCGAGGAGGAUGAGGACCUCGGUCUCGAUGACGACGACGAAAAGGAAUUUUUCGGAUGGUGA